AGGAAGGACAACUUCUUUGACACCACCGACUCUAUUGUCAAAGUCAGUGAACGGGAAGUUCAGUGUUUUAAAGAAGACAAACAGGCCACCGAUGCUUCCCGGACUUGGGAAAUGAGUCAGGGGGAUGGCGCUGGCGCUGGCGCGGCGCGGCGCGGAGCUGGGUUCUGUGUUUGUGUUUCUGAACAAGGGUUGGAUCGCUGCGGGUUGAAAGGCUGCUCAUCUGAAGAGUAGAGGUUCAGAACAAGCACCGUUCUAACGUUCACCGGGUACAGGAUGCAAAAAGGAAGGAGGAACUAAAAGGCACUCAGAGGAGCUCGGGGACGGCCGACACUGGGAAAGAGCUAAGAGAGAUCGAGAAAGAGAAUAGUGCUUAAGAACUCCAGCCGCCAAGUACCAGUGUUUUACACAGAGGAAGCCGAAUAUGUGGGUCAAAGAUGUGCUUGUUCACCUUUGGGUGCUUAGUGCUGCUGUGCAGAUAAGACACGCUUCUACAGGCUUGUCGGUGAGUCCCAAUGUCACGGCAACAUGUGGUCAGUCCGUCACGCUUCACUGCAAUGUCUCCUCGAACCAAGGGGAGGUCUACCACCUGUCCUGGAUCAAAGACAACAACACCCUGUGCAAAGUCGAGAAAGACCACCUGGUCGUCGACGAGCAACCUACCAGCGACGUAGAGUGUCGCUACGCCAACAAAAGCAUGUUUGUCACCUUUCGGCAAACCUCAAAAGAGCAGCAAGAACGCGCUUUGGACGAAUACAUCUGCAAACUGCGCUCCUAUCGGGGACCUUCCAGUAAGAAGACAUGGGUGGAGUUGAAAGGUCAGAGGCCAGUAGAGUGUAUCCAGCGUGUGGAUCAAAUCGGGACGGCCGAGGUUUCAACGUGCAGCUUCACGGGGCUCCGUCAUGACGGAGACGUGCACUGGUACCGGGAGGACGCCAGGCUGACGGAGGACGAUGCCGUGAUUGAGAAAAAGGAGAGUGUGGACAAGGAAUGCUGCCUGACCAUCGACAGCUCUCUGAAGCCGAAAAAGGAUUCUACGGGGCCCUACACCUGCUCCCUGUGGAAUCGCCAAUCCCAAAAUUACACCGCAAACCAUACAUUCCCACAUAAGGAAUCAUCAGAAAAAUCUACGUCUGGAUCAGGGAUGCUCCAUGGUCGUUGGAGUAUUGGGAAUUGUUUAAUUAUAUCCGUGCUACUGACGUCCUUGUAGACACACACACACACACAUUCCAUGUUUUAGUCCAAAGUGCCAGGAGCAGAACUGAAACGGACAUGGCGACACUGACAGGGUAUAGGGUGCAAAUGUCAAGAAACCUUUUUGGGAGAUAAAGGUAUGCUAUUCAACGAUGAACUUUGGAAAAGAUAAGCGCUGACUGGAGGACAAUGGAAAAUCGUCAGCUGUAAUAACAAAGCCUGCAAUGGGCAGGGGGGGGGGGGGGAACUUGCAGGUGAAUAGCCUAGAGAGUCAACUGGGAGUUGUAGGGCUUCAGUUUAAACUCAUCCACUUUACAUUAAAGUUGAACACCACUAUAGCAGAGCCACUUAAAUUCUUGCUGUAGGUUAAAGGGCAGAUACUGUAAUCUCUAUGGCCGCCUGUGAGUACCAGAGGCAGUACUCCGGCAAUACUUAGUGAUUACUUGCUGCCAUCUAGGGGAGAAGUUGAGGUUAGUUUAUUUGAUUGCUAAAAAUGCUACAUUGAAUGUAUCCUGAUAAAAUGAAACAAUUCCACUCAUUUUUUAAUGCAUGUGUGUUGCAUCUGUGUCUAAUUAUGAGGCCAUGCAUCUUUAUGUACCAGGGCAAUUAACUAAACUAGUAACUAACUAACUACACAUAAAUGAAACACCAUCAAACCUAGCCCAUGCUAGGGACUAUAUUCAUGCUAGCUGUGUUUUCGCUGCAAGGACAGCUCUUUGAAAGGACCAUGGUGCAUGGCUUUGCGAGUUAAGUCUACUAGCCGUGCCCUGGUACAUGAAAGGAGCAGACCUGUUGUGAGGGACACCUGUGUUUUACCCAUGCUGACACCUCUGCGGAAAGGUCAAAGUGCAGACCUUGCUUAUUAUUUGGAAGAUUGCCUGGUUUAGGGAGGGGGGAUGAAUGUGUCAUUGGUGUCCGGAUGGGAGCCGGAGAGGAGGGCACCUUGAGAAUUGUCCAAUGGUUGAUGGAGGUCCCUGCACUGAUGAUGGUUCACUCUGGAUGGAGCCCUUAUCAUCUGGCUAUGUCGUAUCAGUACCUGAAAGGGCUGUAGGCCACUACUGGCCGAUUUGAGGAGGUUAUUUUUUAAGCUUUUAUUAUUUGAUGCUGCAACCUACAUGUUGGUACUGAUGUGUAUAUAAAAAAUAUAAAUUACUGGAAAACGUGUGGACUGGACUAAUCUGUUUGUAUAAUUGGAUAAGCUGCAAUUAUCAGAUGAAAUUAUGAUUGUUUUAGUGUUUUUUACAAUGCAUAUACAUAACAUAUAAUCAUUUUAAUUUUUAUCGUGUUUGAUUUUUUCAAUAAAAGAAUUUAUUCAACA